UUAUAGUCGUCCUCGUCAUUGGUGUUUUCAUCAGAACUGUUUGUCGUCAAAUGGGAGUCAUGGGACCAAUUGGGUUUGACUAAAACGGGUCCGUCAUCUGAGGAGGACCCUAAUCCAACAAAUCGGGCCGGUCUGUGUGGGGGUUUGAACCGUCCGUUUCGUUGGCGAAUAAAGCCAUAAACUCUGUAGCUGCUCGGCGGCAAUAACAGCUGCACAUCCAACGAAGACGGUCCUUGCAGGUAUAAUAAGCAACACUUAUGUAGAUCCUGUUAAUGGAUUGAGAAUGGUGGGUAGUAGUAUAAGUGAUGAGAGAUAUACUUAUAUACAUGACUCUAAAUGGCCUUCUGAAGCGGCCGACGUGCACCACAUCGUUGUUCGGAAGAGCAGCGCAAAGGGUUUCCUUGUAUACUUGUCAGCUCUUCUGAUUCUAGCAAAUGGGUUCCAUCUUUUCCUUGUCAAGGAUAAAUCAAUUAUCAUUGUUUUUUGGAGCUUUCUUUUGGAUGUAUUCCUUGUCAAGCUCAUGCUUCAGAAGCCUGUUAAGAAAGAGUCUGUUAUAGUUAUGCCAGCUUUUGGAAUUCAACUUGAAACACACUAUGUAAGUGGUAAAACUAUCCGCCGCUUUGUACCCAUUGACAAGAUAUUGAAACCUACGCUAUCAGAAUGUGUGACCCCUGUUACUUGUUACUGGAGCCUGUCUUUCAUUGUACGAGGAGAGGCAGAACUGAUGUUAGCUUUUAAGGAGUUACGUCCGCCGGUGAAAAUGCUAGUCCCCAUCUGGAAGGCCUUGUGUGCUGUCACUGGAAGUGGAGGAAGCUUCGACACACUUACUGAUGAUGGCCCAUGGUGUUGAAGGAUUUUUUUUUUUUAAAAUUAAGAGCUGUGAUGCACUUCAAUUAGCAGAAAUCCCACGUGUUAGGAUGAUGUGCAUAUAUAAUAGAUGCAUUUGUACUCGUUUCAACUAAUACUAUGUGUAUAUCAAAGGGAAAUUCUGAUUGUGGAGGGAUGCUUGAAAUAUGUUCGUUCUAAGAUCAAUGGAUAUGGUUCAUCUUCAUCAA